AGGAUCAGCCAGGAUGUGCUGAGCAGGGCAGGGUAAGCAGCCCAGCUAAGCUGAGAGGAGCACCUCCUCAGUCCUGGCCUGGCCCUAACUGCUCAAGUGGGCAAGGAAGUGAGGAAACUGUACCCAAAGCAAGGUAUGGGAUGGCGGGGGGAGUGCUUGGCCUGGGACACCAUGUUCCCUCAGCUAGAAAGGGCCCUUGGCCCGAGUCUCCUGGGGCCUACCUGGCCCAGGUAUAGCGUGGGUGGGGUCAGGGGCACAAGGAAGGUUCUGGAAUCCUGUGAGUUGAAUAUUCUUUCCUUCCAAGACUCAGAGACUUAAAAAUCCCUUAAAACUCUGCCUUUAUGACCUUGUAAGGGAGGAUAUGGAUAUCUCUGUGUGCCACUGUUAUAUCUUUUUGUAGUGGAGGUGAUUGUUUAUCAGGAGGAGGCAAGUGUCUUAUGUCUGUGUAUAUCCCAGGGCUAAGACCCUAAUGUUUAUUUCAUGAGUGUGACAUAGUAAAUUAUGUUAUGUCUGUGAUUCUGUGUUCAUGUAUCUGAGUAAGUAGUUGUCAUUGUGUGAGGUUGUGUCUGGCCUGGUAUAAUUGACCCCACAUGGCUAGUCUUUAUGUUUAACCAUGUUUGCAGAUAUGUGGAGGUACAUUAUAAUGUAUAUCAACUCCGUGAUUCUGUAAAUUGAGAUAGAGUUAAAUGACAGUGUGUAUCUUUAUGAUUCAAUGGAACCAUGUUUGAGGGAUGUAUAAUAAGGUAUAUGAUGGUAUGUGUUUAGGUGAUUAUCAUGAGAUGGUAGAUUAGCCAUUAUGUGAGUAUCUUUGUAACUGUAUGACCAUGUUUGCAGGUAAAUAUGAUACCAUGAUCCUGUGUGAUCAUAUGUGAGAUCGUAACUUCAGGACUUUGUAACUGCAUAUGACCAGACAGACUUUCAGGAGUAUAAUGACCUGUGUUUGGAUGUUUGAAUUUAUGUGGCCUUACAGUUGUGUAAAACUAUAAAUAACACCAUGUGCUUUUGUGACAGAGUGGAACCAUUUGUGACUGGUCGUUGAUGAGACUGUCAUACAGUUAACAGACCUUUUAUGGCUAUGAGAGUCCAAGUAACUGUGGCACAACAUUACUGGCAAUGUGUGCCACUGGUAGCUCUAGAAGCUCUGAACUACUGUUCACUCUCUUGUCCUCACACCUGCUUUCCUGCGUCUUUCCCUACACAAGCACCUUUUAUGGCUCCCUUCUGCCACAGGAUAGAUGUUCAACUCCUUAGCCUGUCAUCCAAGCUUUAUCCCCUUCUCUCUGGCCCCACCUGACUUCUCUGUAAUAUGAGGCAUUCCUACGGGCCCCUCCCCAGUCAAGACCGCGUGUCAACCCUAAGAGACCCUUCACUGCCUUCCAGACUGAAAUUUCUCUUGGCUGCACCAGGGAAACCGGAUCCUGGUUAAAAGCUUGUCCCUUGACCCUGGCCAGGGCCUUGAGCCUCAUCCAGAAGGCCCCCAGCGGCUUCGCUCAGAUCCAGGCCCCCCCACUGAAACCCCUAGCCAGCGUCCUUCACCACUGAAGCGGGCACCAGGCCCAAAGCCACAGGUCCCCCCAAAGCCCAGCUACCUGCAGAUGCCCCGGAUGCCCCCCCAACCUGAGCCUAUCCCUCCUCCGCCAUCCCGCCCACUACCUGCGGACCCCCGAGUGGCCAAGGGUCUGGCCCCCAGGGCAGAGGCCAGCCCCAGUUCUGCAGCAGUAUCCUCACUGAUUGAGAAGUUUGAAAGAGAACCUGUGAUUGUCGCCUCGGAUAGGCCAGCCCCUGGCCCCUGUCCAGGUCCCCCAGAGCCAGCCAUGUUGCCACAGCCACCCCCGCAACCACCAGUGUCCCAGCUCCCUGAGGGUGAGGCCUCCCGCUGCCUGUUCCUGCUGGCUCCUGGGCCUCGGGAUGGUGAGAAGGUACCUAACCGUGACAGCGGCAUCGACAGCAUCAGCUCACCAUCCAACAGUGAAGAGACCUGCUUUGUCAGUGAUGAUGGGCCUCCCAGCCACAGCCUCUGUCCUGGGCCCCCUGCCCUGGCCAGUAUGCCUGUUGCUUUGGCCGACCCCCACCGGCCUGGCUCCCAGGAGGUUGACAGUGACCUGGAAGAAGAGGAUGAUGAAGAAGAGGAUGAGGAGAAGGACAGAGAAAUCCCAGUGCCUCCAAUGGAGAGACAGGAGUCUGUGGAGUUGACUGUGCAGCAGAAGGUGUUCCACAUUGCCAAUGAGCUCCUGCAAACUGAGAAGGCUUAUGUUUCCAGGCUCCAUCUACUGGAUCAGGUGUUCUGUGCCCGUCUGCUAGAAGAAGCUCGGAACCGCAGUUCCUUCCCAGCUGAUGUUGUACAUGGCAUCUUCUCUAACAUCUGCUCCAUCUACUGCUUCCACCAGCAGUUCCUGUUGCCUGAGCUAGAGAAGCGCAUGGAGGAAUGGGACCGCUACCCACGCAUUGGGGACAUUCUGCAGAAGCUGGCACCCUUCCUCAAGAUGUAUGGCGAGUAUGUGAAGAACUUUGAUAGGGCUGUGGAGCUGGUCAACACCUGGACAGAGCGCUCCACCCAGUUCAAAGUCAUCAUUCAUGAGGUGCAGAAGGAGGAAGCCUGUGGCAAUCUGACAUUGCAGCACCACAUGCUGGAGCCUGUGCAGCGCAUCCCCCGCUAUGAGCUGCUUCUCAAGGACUAUCUGUUAAAGCUGCCUCAUGGCUCCCCAGACAGCAAGGAUGCCCAAAAGUCUCUGGAGCUGAUAGCCACAGCGGCAGAGCACUCUAAUGCUGCCAUCCGAAAAAUGGAGCGAAUGCACAAGCUGCUGAAGGUAUAUGAGUUGCUAGGGGGUGAGGAAGACAUUGUCAGCCCCACCAAAGAGCUCAUAAAAGAAGGCCACAUCCUUAAGCUGUCAGCGAAGAAUGGGACCACUCAAGACCGAUACCUCAUACUAUUCAACGAUCGCCUCCUUUACUGCGUGCCCAGGCUGCGGCUCCUUGGCCAGAAGUUUAGCGUGCGGGCACGCAUUGAUGUAGAUGGCAUGGAGCUAAAGGAGAGCUCCAACCUCAAUCUGCCUCGGACCUUCCUGGUGUCAGGAAAGCAGCGCUCCCUGGAGCUCCAGGCCAGGACAGAGGAGGAGAAGAAAGACUGGGUCCAGGCCAUCAACUCCACCCUCCUGAAGCAUGAGCAGACGCUGGAGACCUUCAAACUGUUGAACUCAACAAAUAGGGAAGAUGAAGACACACCCCCCAACUCUCCAAACGUGGAUCUUGGGAAGCGGGCACCUACACCCAUCCGGGAAAAGGAAGUCACCAUGUGCAUGCGCUGUCAGGAGCCUUUCAAUUCCAUCACCAAACGCAGGCACCACUGCAAGGCCUGCGGGCAUGUGGUUUGUGGGAAGUGCUCCGAGUUCCGGGCCCGCCUUAUCUAUGACAACAACCGCUCCAACCGUGUGUGCACUGACUGCUACGUGGCCUUGCAUGGGGUGCCUGGGAGCAGUCCAGCCUGCAGCCAGCAUACGCCUCAGCGCCGGAGAUCCAUCCUAGAGAAACAGGCCUCCGUGGCAGCAGAGAACAGUGUCAUCUGCAGCUUCCUGCACUACAUGGAGAAGGGUGGGAAAGGAUGGCACAAGGCAUGGUUCGUGGUCCCUGAGAAUGAACCCUUGGUGCUGUACAUCUACGGAGCCCCUCAGGAUGUGAAAGCCCAGCGCAGCCUGCCCCUCAUUGGCUUCGAGGUGGGGCCUCCUGAGGCAGGGGAGAGGCCCGACAGAAGACACGUCUUCAAGAUCACCCAGAGCCACCUAAGCUGGUACUUCAGCCCUGAAACAGAGGAGCUCCAGCGACGCUGGAUGGCUGUGCUUGGCCGGGCAGGCCGUGGGGACACGUUCUGCCCAGGGCCCACACUGUCCGAGGACAGGGAGAUGGAAGAGCCACCAGUGGCAGCUUCAGGAGCCACUGCUGAACCCCCCGAAGUCCCCCAGACCCGAGACAAGACCUAGAGGGUUUGGGGGGAACUGGGAGCCCCCAUCCCACACACUAGCUGCCCAUGUCCAGUUGGGGGGUUCCAGCCCCCUCCUUCCCAGCUCAGUCAAUACUUGAACUCCCAUCACGGGCACUUUCAAUCCCGAAUGCUGGGUCUUGGUUUUUUAAUUCAUCUUUUCACAAAACGUGGGCUUUUAAAAAGUAUUCCUACAGUGAUAUUCAUUUUUUUAAAUCCCCAUCUCCAGGGAGGGUAGGAGCUGUUGCUAUACCCACCUGAAUUAGGCUGUUCCCCCCCCCAAAAAAAAACAAUACCCCACAGAUCCUGCCUCCACCCAAUUUCCCUCAAAAGCAUCAGAGGCAGGAGUUCUGGAUUCAAAGUGCCAGCUCUGCCACUGACCCUGGAACCCCAAACCACUCCUGUCUCCUCAGCCAGUGUCUUCACGUGUACAACUCCACGUGGAGUGGUGACUAGACCCCUCCUGCCUCUCCCAUGGCUUAUAGCUUCUACCCAGCUCCAAGGCUACCCAGUAUUUUAUCGUCCAGACCCAUGGCAGGGCCACCGGGCAGGACAAGGGAACAGGGGGGAGGACAAUGGAUACUCUUUGUUUUGUUUUUUUUUUUUUUUAAAGAAAAAUACAGUUUAUUUCAGGCUUACAGUACCUUUCAGAGCACUGCUGUGUUCCAUUCAUCCAUAUAGUUUGUUUAUACAAAGUACCAGGCUACUAGGGUGGGCCCAGAAACCACUCCCUUGCCGAACUCUCAAGUUCAACUCCCAAAAGACUGAUUCCAAGGCUACUCACAGGUCAAGCCACAGAUUAAACAAGAGGGUAUUAUUUAUUAGGGUCAUAAGCCUCAUCCCUGAACUUAAAUGGGAUGGGAUAAAGAAUGAGGAAAGAGGUUGGAGGAGACAGAAAAUAGCCCAACUCUUCUUCCAAGCUCACCACCUUGCCAAGAUCUUAGAAUUCCUAAGGGAACCUGGGGUGAGAGGCUGGGCUGGAGGAAGGGAGCAUUCCUGGGAGGUUUUAAGCUCUGAGCAGGAAUAAGAGUUGGUAUGUGUCGGGUGGGGUGGGGUAAGGGAGAGGCACCACAGCUACUUUUGCUUACAUCUUCAACUUUUCUUUCAUCUGCAUGUUCAUCUCACCAUUCCUGACCCAGCCAGCUCUUGGCACUGAGUACUGGUCCCCAGGCUCAUCCUCUCCAUAAUCCUCCUGUCUAGUAUCCACCAGAGUCUAGCUCCUCCAUCCAUGCCCACAUUCACUCAUCCCUCCUCUUCACUGACUGCACCCAAGAGGAACUAUGCUGGGAAAACUGGCCUCAUCACUCAGAUAACUUAAAGCCCAAGGGGGUAUGUUGGACCAAGUGCCUUAGACCCCCCAAAACCAAGAACCUUAGGGCUUUUCUUCCCCUGUAGGGAACUGCACAGAGGAACAAGAAAGAGGGUGGGGAUAGUAUAACCAAUCCAGAGGUCUAUAGCCCUCCAUAAAAGCCCUACAAAUAAGUUUCGAAUACCUAGAAAACAAGGGCCCAAACCAAUUCCAGCCCCACUCAUUUCUUUCUCCGGACAAUGGUCCAACCAUCUUCCACUAUAUCCUCUUCCUUAAUAUUCUGGGAGUUUGGAUCAGAGGGUUCAGGCUGGGGGGAGACCCCAUCUGUGGUAGCCCCAUCAUUUGUAGCUGUGACCUGUGAAUACAAGAAAUAUAAAAAAUAGAAGAGAAGUACAUGAUAGAGUGUUAAAUACACUAGCCAUUGUAGACCCAGGCUCUGCUCCCAACUUCCCCAGGACUGGCUAUAACCUAUGCCUCUCUGGAUAAUACCACAACCUCCAGAAAUAAUCACCCCCAAUCAUUUCUGUGAUUUUAGAUCCUCCCCCAGAAAACUGAAAACAUCUGCAUCCCCCCACCACCCAAGGAGCACCCCUUUCACCUCCAUCUCUUCCACGCUGUCUGCAUCAUCUUGAUCCCCAUCAGUCUCUUUGGCUGCCUUGAGUGCAGUGGCUUUGACUUUGCACUUUUUUUGGGUGAUGUGGGAGGCCAUCUCCCUCAGAGCAGCCCCAUCACCCUUCUGGAAGUGGUGGAACAUGGUCUGCAACUGCUGGCUCACCUACCAAGAAAACAUUCAACCAGCUUAGAUUUUUCCAGAGAAUCUACUAUAUAUAUAAUCAGUCUGUGCUUGCAGCAAGACUAUGGAAAGAGUUGUAUUUUCCAGAAGAGAAUGGGGCUGUUUCCUCCCUAACAAGUUUGCUAAUGAAGAAAUCACAUAUGUAGGGCUCAGGUGAGGGUCUGAAGCAUUGAAGGAGGGCUUCCUAGUAGGAAAGGCACUAGAACUAGACUUUCAAAGACAGAAGAUGUCAAAGGGAGAGCAAUCUCAUCAGGGGGAGCAGUGUUAAUCAUAGCAGAGGUAGAAAUCUACUGGGGUUAGAUACAGGCCCGGAUGGGAAUAAUAUAUGAAGAAAUAUAAGAAAUGUAAGGUUUGAAAAGACCUAGAAAGACUAGACCUUUUCCUCUGGGCUAAAGGAGUCUUAGAAGCAUCUUGUGCAGGACCCAAGAAAAGAACAGUUAAAGCCCAAAACAUAUGGCUGAGGAGAAGAAAGAUGACAGGUAGGGGAGGUAGCAGUUGUGUCCAUGAUAAUCUCACCUGGGGCAGACUCCCAUCCUCCACAACUGUAUCAAACUCAUUUGUCAUCAGCUCCCCAAGGAAGUCUUCCACCUCAUCCAGCUCCAAGUCAGCUGAGUAGGAAAGGAUAGGACCCUCUGUCAAAGACCAGGCAACUUCACCCCUGCCCAUUACUUUUCAAUACGUACUUGGUAGGUCUGAAUCUGGUUGGAGGUAAAAGACCAAACCGUGAGCCUUUUAUUCACUAGAGUGCUCUCUUUCAUCUGGCCUAUUCUAACUGGCCUCCCUUCUAUGUUAUCUUGUAUAAACUACUUACUUCUCUCUCAGCCUCUUCUGUCGGUGGGUCUAGUAGUGCCCUCCUUGAAUAUCUGUAAUAAGAAGUCACUCAACCCAAUGAAUGGCAAAGGGGAGAUCCCUAAUCUGUGUAAAUAUCCAUCACUCAUGGGCUGAAGUGUUUAAAAUAUAUAGAUCUAUUACAACUGUGGCUCCAUUGAUACAGGAAGCCACAGACCAAAGGGCUAGGAAGAAAUGGAUGUGCCACUUCCAAUGACUAAAAUCACAUCCUGUAAUGGGACUCUGGCCAAGUCUUCCUCUUUGGGCUUCAGUCAUCUUAUGGGCCAAUGUUCUCUACAUUUUCUGAAUUAGAGAAUAACUCAAAAAUGUCUUAUACCAAGUUCCUCAAUCUCUCUUCUGUCUCUAUGGUCUCCCUGGGAGAACUCAUCAAGCCUCUUGCUUUUCCCUACCACUCAAAGCUCAUAUCACCCAACUCUGUCUCCAACUCAGAGUAUGUAUGUAUAUAGAUGUUUCACAGGUGCCUCAGACCUCCAAAUCCAAAGACUUAUCACCUUACCCUCCAAACCUCAUCCUCCAGAGUUCCUCUGUUCUACAAAAGGCACCUAAGCCACCCACCCAGUCACUCAAACCAGAAACCUGUCUCUUUUUCCCUCACCCCUCUCCUGCCAAGUACUCUCCAAUGCCAUAAUCCAUUCCUUUCUUUUCUGUGACCAUUGUCAUUGCCCUACUUCAGACCUCAUCAUUUUCUAGACCAAAACAACCUUCCCUUCAGUCUUUCUGUCUUCACUCUAUGCUCUAUACUGUUACUUUCUAUCCAACAAAUCCCAUCCUAUGACUCACCUUAGAACCUGCCCAUAAAUUUUUACCACCUACUGCAGUGUUUCAUAGUUUGCCUUUGGGAAACAUCUGUUCUGUUGAUUUUAAGGGAAGCUAUCCAUAGAAUGUUAAUGGGAAACAAAGGCAAACAGGGUUCUUAGUGAUUCUUAUCCUUAUGCAUGUCUUCAAUAUGUUAAUGAGUGUUAUGUUGUGACUCCCAAGUGGAAGCUGAAGAAAAAGAACUUACAUAAUUUGACUGGAGAAGUUUUUUCUUCACUGAACAUCUAACUGGACAAGUUUUCCAUAGCAUGCAUUUUGGCAAACACUGGCCUAAAGGAUAAAAUCAAAGGCACAUAAGGCCUUCCAGAUCUUACUCUUUGGGGGGAAAGGUCUCCCUACCUCUAGCCUCAUUCUCUACUACUCCUUCACAAUAGAGCCCUCUGUCACUUUCCAAAUAUAGCACAUUAUCUCCUCAUA